UUUUUUAUUAUUAUUAUAAAAUAAUCAGACUUGUUUCUUUCUUCUCCUCUCCUUACUUAUUUUCCGUGUUUUUCUUGUGAAAAAAACGUAUAUUUGCCGCUAAUUGACAGCUCCGUUUACUACUGGCGCAGUUUAAUGGGGAAUUGCUUCUCUGACGUUGCUGGCGGUAGGGCGGCAGUUGGCGGCAGCGCCGCUGCCGCUUCUGCCGCAGCUGGAAACGACGCUGUAGAUCAUUUUCUUAAGUCUCGUGGCUUGUACGGCUCUCAGAUCGAGUUAUCGUUUUCUGCUACGAACAUGCGUGACCGGGAUGUGCUUUCAAAGAGUGACCCUAUGUUGGUUGGUUAUACCAAAGGAAGAGAUGGAACACUUACUGAAGCUUUUCGCACAGAAGUAGUUCUUAAUUCAUUAAAUCCAACAUGGAUUGCAAAACACACUAUUACAUUCCAGUUUGAAGUUGUUCAGACGUUGGUGUUUCAUGCAUAUGACGUUGACACUCAAUUUCACAACAUAGAUGUAAAGAUGCUUAAGCUAGAGGAGCAACAAUUUCUUGGGGAAGCAUCUUGUGUAUUAUCUGAGGUUGUGACCAGGCCAAGCAGGUCAUUGACUUUAGAUCUUGUAUACAGAGAAGAUCCUAUGAUACCAGGCAAUCCACGGCGCUGUGGACAGCUUAUUGUACAUGCCGAGGAAUGCAUUAGCUCAAAGACGACAACAGAGAUGAUAUUAAAGUGCUCAAAUUUGGAACAAAAGGAUCUGUUCUCAAGAAGUGACCCUUUUUUGUUAAUAUCAAAAAUUGUUGAGGUUGGGCUCCCCAUACCUGUGUGUAAAACAGAAGUCCUAAAAAACGAUAGCCACCCAAUAUGGAAACCAGUCUUUUUGAGCAUUCAACAAGUUGGAAGCAAGGAAAAUCCAUUAAUGAUCGAGUGCUUUAACUUUAAUAGCAGUGGCAAACAUGAUUUAAUUGGAAAAGUUCAAAAAUCAUUAGCUGAGUUGGAAAAGCUUCAUUCUAGUGGUGAAGGAGAGCAUUUAUUUUUACCCACUACCAUUGGGCAUAACUAUCAGAACAAGGUAUUAAAGAGCCAGAUAUUUGUGGAAAAUUUUUCCCAAAGCAGUCGACACACUUUUCUGGAUUACUUGACCGGGGGAUGUGAACUGAACUUCAUGGUGGCAAUUGAUUUCACAGCUUCUAAUGGAAAUCCCCGCCUCCCUGAUUCCUUGCAUUAUCUUGAUCCUUCUGGACGGCUAAAUGCAUACCAAAGAGCAAUCAUAGAGGUCGGGGAGGUGUUGCAGUUUUAUGAUUCAGAUAAGCGCUUUCCAGCCUGGGGAUUUGGAGCACGACCAAUUGAUGGUCCAGUCUCACAUUGUUUUAACUUGAACGGAAGCAAUAAUCACUGUGAGGUUGAAGGUGUCCAGGGAAUUAUGAUAGCAUAUACCAGUGCUCUCUAUAAUGUUUCUCUGGCAGGGCCAACACUUUUUGGACCUGUGAUCAGCAAUGCUGCACUAAUUGCUAGCCAGUCUCUUGCAAAUGGAGGAAGAAAAUAUUUUGUUUUGUUAAUAAUUACAGAUGGAGUUGUAACUGAUCUCCAAGAAACCAAAGAUGCCAUAGUGAAAGCAUCUGACCUACCUCUAUCAAUCCUCAUUGUUGGAGUUGGAGGAGCUGACUUUAAAGAAAUGGAGAUUUUAGAUGCUGAUAAAGGAGAUAGACUAGAAAGUUCAACUGGACGUGUAGCUUCGCGUGAUAUAGUCCAGUUUAUACCAUUACGAGAUGUACAAAGUGGAGAGAUUUCUGUUGUUCAAGAACUUCUGGCAGAACUACCAACCCAAUUUUUAUCCUACAUGCGAUCGAGAAAUAUCCAACCAAACAUUUGAUUAUGUAAAAAGAAGUGUACAUACAAUUUUCUGUCUGUGGAUUCAUGCUAGAGUUUUCCUUUGUAGGCCAUGGUGCCAAAUGCGCAAUGUUUCUUAGGUGAUUGGGCCCUGGUCAUCCUCUACUAGAAGAGGUUAGAAGUGCGUUCUCUAUUUGAACAAUGAUUUAUCUACAGAAACCUCAGCAAAGGUGGGCUCUCAAUUUGAAAUAGUGUACAUACAAUUCUUCGUCACGUUCAUAUUGGCCGGACAGGUUCUACGUUUAUUCCCAGAUUGAAAUAGUGGCUUUUGAUGGCUUUGAAACAUGCUGGGGGAGGAUCCAUAAUGAAGAUCUUUUCAUGGAUUCAACCUUGCGAGGAAAGAACUGAUACAUUGGAGCCAUCUAGUCCUGUUUAUGCAGGUGGGAGGGAGAAACUGCGGGCCAAGUGCAUGAUCUUGCAACGCUGGAAGACCAUGCAAGGAACAAAGUCGUGAUUGUAACGUCGAAUAUUCAUUGUUCUGAGAUGAUUGUAUUCAAACGACUUUGUGAUUCAAGACGGACUGGAUGAAAGUCGAGUAACACUCUUUA